ACUGGAAGGGGGGGAAAGUGUCCGGACUGGAAGGGGGGGGAAAGUGUCCGGACUGGAAGGGGGGAAAGUGUUCGGGACUGGAAGGGGGGGGUAAAGUGUCCGGACUGGAAGAAGGGGAAAGUGUCCGGACUGGAAGGGGGGGAAAUUGUCCGGACUGGGGAAGGGGGGAAAGUGUCCGGACUGGAAGGGGGUGAAAGUGUCCGGACUGGAAGGGGGAAGAGUGUCCGGACUGGAAGAAGGGGAAAGUGUCCGGACUGGAAGGGGGGGAAAGUGUCCGGACUGGAAGAAGGGGAAAGUGUCCGGACUGGAAGGGUGGGAAAUUGUCCGGACUGGAAGGGGGGAAAGUGGUCCGGACUGGAAGGGGGGGGAAAG